UAUGUUGGUUGGCAGAGCCAUCUGUCAUUGAAAUUGUAUUAAAUUUUCAUCAAAAUGGCAAUUCCAUUUUUGCUAGUGAAUACAAAGAUUUGUGUCGGACGUGGGUCCUACUUUCCUUUGGAAUUAAAGUUUUAAAAUGUUGGACAAAAAUUGAAUUGUUUGCGUGCGUGACUACGUGCGUUGAGUGUUUUAUUUUGGUGCGCUAGUUUUUUGGUGGGUAAUCUGGCUUUGGGACAGGCUCAGCGUAAGCGAUGGCACAGCUCCCACCGCGGAAGAACCCCACACCAACUAGAAUAUCAAAGCAACACCUAACACCGUUGCAGACGUUGUUACAAAUGGGAUUCACUAAGCAUCGGGCAGAAAAAGCCUUGGCUGCAACUGGUAACAGAGGAGUUCAAAUCGCUUCCGAUUGGUUGCUUGCUCACGUAAAUGAUUCUACAUUAGACGAAAGUAAUCCCCGUGAAUACAUUUUGUAUGCGUGCCCGACCGGACCUUUUCUACAACAGCUGGAAGAAUUUUGGAAUAAGUCGCGCAUAGUGUGCGGUUGGAACGGUGCUCACAACUACGUACCACAUAUCACAUUGGUUUCAUUUUUCAAGGCUCCGGAUGAGAGUUCACUGCAAUUAUCCAAAGCUCUAAAACAGGUUGUUGACAUGAGUGGGGCCCUUCUAGAUCGACCCCUAAAGUUGGAGCCUUAUAUGAGUCAGAAUUUUAUGGGUUUCUUUGUAGCGGAAGAGGACGCCAACUAUUUAAAACGACUAUCCCUGCAAUACGUUAAGGAGGUGUCCAAUUCAAGUAUGACACUGUUCUUGUAAAUGAUUUUUGUCAUAAGCGACACGUAUGAGCAGCUCGAUGCAAUAGUCGCUUGCUUCCCAUGGUGCGGUGCUGUUUCAUCCGGUACACGUUGUAUACCUCGUAGUAGUCGAUGUAAGAAGAAUAACAUUUAUUUUAGAAUACAAUUUGAAUAGUUUCUUUAUCGAACUUUGCAUGCUGUUAAGAUGAUAUAGAUAUACAUAUGAGCCGUUUAUUUUGAAAGUGGCAUAAGUCGCCUUUUCAAAAAAAUUAAUUAAUGAUAACACCAAUUAGAAUUUAACGGUAUCUGCAAAUUGAAAAAAAAAUCAUAGAAAUGUUUAGAGCUACUGAGGUUCUGUUCGAGAGAAGUUUUACUAAUCAGCGGAAUAACGAAAAUGUUUAUUUUGAAAGUGGCAUGUCACUCAAAAAAAUCAAGUUAAUCAUAACAUGAAUUACACCGAGCAAAAGUCAAUUUUGCACACAAAAAAUUAUACUCCAAAACAAGGAGCAAAAUAUAGUAGUUUCUUUCUCUGGAGUUAGGAUUUUUUUAAGGACUUUGAAAACUGAGAGGUUUGAUUAGUUCCAAAAAUUAUUUAAAAAAUUCA